GUUGGCACGUAGGGUGGUGAGAUAGUAGGUAGAGAGUACGUUGUGUCGUGAACGCAGUGGAGAGGUAAGGUUGUUUCGAUCGGUAGGAAAGGAACACAAUUAUUCGAGCAGUUGCGUGAGAGACCAAACUCGGUUAAAAUUGAGAGUGAAAUAAAAGGCAUAGAUAGAAAGAAAGAGCAAAAAUAACGAAGGAACAAAGAAAGUUAAAACGAAGAUCGUGCAAAAAAUUUUAAGACGUGUUGUUAAAUUUGGUGUAGUUACGACGGUAACGAGAGUACAUCGAUAAUGUUUCACGUAAGGAAACUAAUAAGAUCGUCGAUCGCUUUGAAGCAAGUACCAAACAAUGACAUUAUUCAUAACACACUGAUGCGUAUCGUACCGGCGUUUCAAGCACGCGGUUAUGCUGAUCAUCAGAUACCUGAUCGACUGAAGGAUAUCCCUACCGACCCUAAUCCAAAGUUUUUUGAUAUGGUUGAAUAUUUUUUUCAUCGAGCUUGUCAGAUUGUCGAAGAUAAAUUGGUCGAGGAUAUCAGCAAACGUUCUAGGAUGACCAUAGAAGAAAGAAAGAAAAAGGUGAAAGGAAUCCUGAUGCUAAUGGAACCAUGUGACCAUAUCCUCGAAACCACUUUUCCUCUGAGACGCGAUUCGGGUGAUUACGAAAUGAUCACUGGUUAUCGUGCACAGCAUUCAACUCAUAGAACACCCUGUAAAGGAGGUAUUCGAUUCUCGAUGGAUGUCUCACGGGACGAAGUAAAAGCUUUAUCGGCACUUAUGACAUUCAAGUGUGCCUGCGUAGACGUUCCCUUCGGUGGUGCUAAAGCCGGCAUCAAGAUUAAUCCCAAAUUAUACUCUGAACACGAACUGGAGAAAAUUACCAGAAGGUUUACGCUAGAACUCGCAAAGAAGGGGUUUAUCGGACCUGGCGUCGAUGUACCUGCUCCUGACAUGGGAACUGGAGAACGCGAAAUGUCUUGGAUCGCAGACACAUAUGCCAAGACUAUAGGCCAUUUGGACAUCAACGCUCAUGCCUGUGUCACAGGAAAACCUAUUAAUCAAGGUGGAAUUCAUGGUCGCAUUUCCGCGACUGGACGCGGUGUGUUUCAUGGAUUAGAAAAUUUUAUCAAUGAAGCAAAUUACAUGAGCAUGAUAGGUACUACUCCCGGUUGGGGAGGAAAAACGUUCAUUGUUCAAGGUUUUGGUAACGUCGGUUUACAUUCGAUGCGUUAUUUACAUCGUGCCGGCGCUGCUUGCAUCGGUGUAAUCGAGCACGAUGGUGCUAUUUACAAUCCCGAAGGUAUUGACCCCAAGCAACUAGAAGAUUAUCGCAUAGAGAAUGGUACUAUCGUGGGCUUCCCUUGCGCUAAACCAUACGAAGGUGAAAAUCUUAUGUAUGAACCUUGUGAUAUAUUUAUACCCGCAGCUGUGGAGAAAGUUAUUACCAAAGAUAAUGCGUGUCUCAUUCAGGCAAAAAUCAUAGCCGAAGCUGCCAACGGACCAACUACUCCGGCUGCGGAUAAGAUUUUAAUCGAUCGAAAUAUUUUAGUCAUACCAGAUUUAUAUAUCAAUGCCGGUGGUGUUACAGUUUCUUUCUUCGAGUGGUUAAAAAAUCUAAAUCAUGUGUCUUACGGUCGUCUAACAUUCAAGUACGAAAGAGAAUCGAAUUAUCAUCUGUUAGAAUCCGUUCAAGAAUCGUUGGAACGUAGAUUCGGUCGUGUGGGUGGUAGAAUUCCCGUCACACCUUCCGAAGCGUUUCAAAAACGCAUCUCUGGUGCUUCUGAAAAAGACAUCGUUCAUUCUGGUCUAGACUAUACUAUGGAAAGAUCGGCAAGGGCUAUCAUGAAGACAGCCAUGAAAUUUAAUCUUGGUUUGGACUUGAGGACAGCAGCUUACAUUAAUUCGAUCGAAAAGAUAUUCACCACUUAUUCCGAAGCAGGUCUUGCGUUUUAAAUGUAAAGUAUUUCUCGAUCCAAAGCAAAUCGCAUAAAUGGAACUGUAAAACGUUUCGAACCAGUAUUUUAAAGACUUUUUUAACGAUCUCGCUCAGUUGACUGUCCAGUGUUACUCAGCGAUAAAGACCAAACCCAGCAGUGAAAAUAUUUCGUAUACAUCGUCGCGUGCUACGUUCUUCUCGAACACUUCGUAACAAUAAUUUGCGUACGGAAUGUUCCGUCGCACGGAAAAACAUAUACACAGCUGCGUCGAUCGCAUAGCUCGCGUCACUGUAACUGUUGUACACGCGCAGGAGGUGUACGAAUUGAAUAAUAGCAAAUUCGGUGUGCAAAAUAGCGAAUUUGGAAGAAAAUAUUCGCAGUGCGUUUUUCUUUCUAAUUAUCGAUUCAACGAACUUAACCGAAAAACGACUUCGAUGUGCAUUUUUAUACAUCACUUUUGAUCGGUGAUAUUAAUAUUUAAGAAAAAUUGCUCGAUAGUCAUCACCAAAAGGGCGAAAGUGUGCCGAACGAUCGUUUGUAAAUUUCAAUUCUCUCGAAUAUAUAAUUUUGCAUUGUUGUAUUUGCGAGAAACUGUUUACCAGAUACUCGUUCUUACAACAAAAUCGAAAA